ACAUUUGUCAUGACUGGUGUUGAAGAUGCUUCCACUUCUGAGCCUACUAACGUAGCCAGCCUACCAGCGAGUGAGAUCGAUGCUCGAAUCGGAGAUCCUUCAUUAAAAAGUCCAGAAGAUGCUCAAAAAGAAAAUGAGCUCACUGAGGCACAGCUGAGCCAAAUCGAAGAAGAGAAACAAACGCCGUUGGUCGGAGAUCGAGUGCCUUUUGAAGUCGUCGUGAUGGAGUAUGACCCUACGGAAAGUGCCGAGUUUUACCACAAAGCCAAGGACUUGCUUGCUACAUAUUCCGAUGUGCGCAUCAUCCGUCGAGACGGCAAUUGCUUCUAUCGGGCCGUACUCGUCGCGCAAGUCGAGCUGAUGUUGAGUGACCCUGCUGAAUGCACAAGGUGA